AUGGUCAGAAACGGAAUGACUCCUCGGGAUCAAAGGGGUACGCGGAAGGCAAAGUACCGAACCCAGAAUCAAGCAGCUGGGCAGAUACAGAUAAGAUACAGUGUUGAUGAUGGAGAUGAUGAGGAUGAUUACGAUUAUGAGGAUGAUUACGAUGAUGAGGAUGAUUACGAUUAUGAGGAUGAUUACGAUUAUGAGGAUGAUUACGAUGAUGAGGAUGAUGAGGAACGUUCGGAGAUGAUAAUCACUCGAGUCUGA